AUGAUGCGCCCACGCCCCUCGAUUUGCAGCCGCUGUCUAGCUUCCAGUAGGAAGUUCUCUACAACAGCUCAGCGCAAUCAACAAAUUCAAAAUGUCCCCUUCCCGCCUACGGCUGGGUAUAGCCGACUCACAAACCGUGGAUUGAUCUCGGUGACCGGCACCGACAGCACAACCUUCCUCCAGGGCUUAAUGACCCAGAACAUGCUAGUCGCCAACGAUCCGAAUCGAAACAUCCGUCGCACAGGCGCAUACACUGCAUUUUUGAAUUCUCAAGGCCGAGUCCUCAACGAUGCCUUCAUCUACCCGCUUCCCGGCGCCGAAGCCCAAGGUGCCGACUCCGGCUGGCUGGUGGAGGUGGACAAAGACCAGGUCCCAGUCCUUAUGAAACACCUCAAGAAACACAAGCUACGCGCGAAGCUCAAGCUCCGCGCUCUAGACGAAGGCGAACGCACCAUCUGGUCGUCUUGGAAGAACCAUGCAGAGCCGCAACGGUGGGCUGCAUACAGUCUGGAGUCCGAGUCACCGUCUCCCUUUUCGCCUACCUCCGAAAUUGCCGGGUGCAUUGAUACACGUGCUCCGGGUUUCGGUUCCCGCAUUAUCACACCUGGUUCCGACGGCCUACGCACUCAUCUUCCAGACGAGGCCCAAGUCCCCGGGUCAGAGGUCGAGCUGGACUCGUACACCGUCCGCCGGUUCCUCCACGGUGUUGCAGAAGGUCAGGCGGAGGUACUCAGUGGGUCGGCCUUGCCUCUACAAUGUAAUAUGGAUAUGGCUCGCGGUAUCGACUUCCGCAAGGGCUGUUACGUCGGACAAGAAUUGACAAUCCGCACACACCACCGCGGUGUCACGCGGAAGCGUCUUUUGCCCGUCCAGCUGUAUGACCUCCAAAAUGCGCCGAGUGUAUCAGAAACCCUGACAUACGAUCCUUCUGUGCAAUUGACUCUGCCGACGGGUGAAACGGAUAUCGUCAAGGCUGGUGCCGCUACCCGCCGCAACCGCAGCGCGGGCACGUUCCUGAACGGUAUUGGGAAUAUUGGACUUGCGCUGUGCCGCCUCGAGGUCAUGACUGACGUUGCACUCAUGGGCGAGACACCUGCUCGUCCUCACGAACAUCAAUUCAAGCUUUCGUGGGCCCCAGAGGCAGAGCAAUCCAACGAAGUUGGCGUGCGCGCUUUUGUUCCCCCUUGGCUUAGGGACUUUAUCUCUGGCGGCAAAGAGGAAAAGCCCGCUCUGCGAAACCCCGACGCAGAGGAUGGCGAGCGGGCAAGGGAUUUCGUUGAGCAAUUAGAAGAAGAGGAAGAGGAAGUUGAGUCUCACCGGCAUUGA